AUGGCAAGUCAUUUGGCUAACAUUUACGGUACGGAGCAGGACAAAGUCAACUGCUCCUUCUACUACAAAAUUGGUGCAUGCCGUCACGGUGAACGGUGCUCGAGAAAACACGUAAAACCCAAUUACAGUCAAACUGUGCUGUGUCCAAAUUUGUACAAGAACCCCAUUCACGAGGAUUCAGGCAAGCACAUGAGUCAAGCAGAGCUAGACGAACAAUUUGACGCGUUUUAUGAAGACAUGUUUUGCGAAUUCGCGAAAUACGGCGAAGUUGAACAAAUCGUUGUGUGCGAUAACAUUGGUGAUCACCUUAUUGGAAACGUUUACGUUCGCUUCAAGUAUGAAGAGUCGGCUCAGAAUGCAAUAGACGAUCUAAACUCACGUUGGUAUUCACAAAAACCCGUGUACGCCGAACUAUCACCUGUAACAGACUUCCGUGAAGCAUGCUGUCGUCAACACGAGACCUCAGAGUGUGGACGAGGCGGUCUUUGCAAUUUCAUGCAUGCCAAGAAACCAAGUCCGCACUUAAUUCGAGAACUAAUGGCUGCUCAACGUAAGUAUCUUCUGUUGAAGGCUAAGGAUGAAAAAGAGAAGAAAGAAAAGGCCAAUGAACGGUCUUAA